CAAAAAAAAAAAAAAAUGGACGUUGUCGGGAUAGAACCAGAACUAUCGUCAAAUAUUCAUAAUCAUCAUCGUCAUCUUCAUCUGGCGGAUCUUCCAGAGAGAUCAUCACAGUGAAGCUUCACCCAAAUGAUGCAGCUGGGCAACCCCAAGAAGAGGAGCCGCAUCGCCCGCAUCCCUUCCUCCUCCUCCCUCUCUCCCCCCUUCUUCAACGACCCCUCCUCCUCCGACUUCCUCCUCAGCCUCGUCCCCCCCUCCGACUCCUCCUCCCAGCUCCAGAUCCACCUCCACUCCCCCGUCAUCCGCCGCCGCUCCAAGUUCUUCGACGCCCUCCUCUCCGACCGCUGGCUCCCCCCUCCUAACUCCUCCUCCCCCCCCGGCAGCAGCACCGCCUUCCACCGCCAGCACCUCACCUCCCACCCGGUCGAUGCCUACGUCGCCGUCCUCCGCCUCCUCUACGCCGCCGACGCCGGUGACGACCUCUCCGCUUCCAUUGGCUCCGCCUCCUCCGCGCUCGACCUCCUCCCCGUCGCGCUGGAGCUCCUCUUCGAGGACCUCAUCCGCUCCUGCGUCAGGUUCCUCGAGGCCGUCCCCUGGACCGAGGAGGAAGAGGCCAGGGUCAUCAGCCUCGUCCCCCUCUUGGGCGCCGAUGAAUCCCGGGACCUCCUCGCUAGGGUUUCUCCCUCCUCCGGCAACUCCUGCGAGGAGAUGCUCCACGGCCUGAUCCUCACCGCGAUCCACAACCACUCCAACAUGGCCUUUGCCAAGGCAUUCGUGGCUAAGAUCCUCCGGGACCUGUCCGAUCGGGAGGCCGCCCGCCGGGUUCUCGAGCGGGCCUUCGAGACGAGCCUCAAGAUUGUGAAGGAGUCUCUGGAGGAGUACUCCAGUCCUGACUUCCGCGGGGACCAUAACGAGACCGAGGCCAUCCAACGAUUGAACCUCCACACUGCCAUGACCAAUGCGCGGCACCUCCUCUGGUUAGUAGAGAGGAUGAUCGAGCUCAGGGUGGCCGACACGGCCGUGAAGGAGUGGAGCGACCAGGCUUCGUUCACAGCCGACUUGCAGAGGGCUUUCAGAGAUGAUGCCUGGAGGAAUAUCGUGCCUGGGUUUCCCGCCCUUGUGCUCCGCUGCACAUCAAGGCUCGCCAAUGCGGUGGCUUCUGGCACCAUCUUGGCUUCUACUCUGGUGAGGACGAGGCUGGUGAAGGACUGGCUCCCCGUCCUGAUCGUGUGCAAGGACAAUGUCUCUCCUAUGCUUUCCAGCCACAAAUCCCUCUACACGGAGCUCGAGGACACCUUCCUCAGUAUCAUAUCCACUCUUCCGCUCUCCGACGCUCAGGGCCUGCUCCAACAGUGCCUCAGCUUCUCGACCCGGAGUGUCGAGGAUUGCCCCCACCUGGUCACAGCCUUCAAUACCUGGUUUCGACGUGCUGCUCGGUCUCCACUGCCGGAAAACAACUCUUGAUGUAAUUAAGAGGUCUUAGCAUCAGUGUCUCUGUGUUGUUACCCUUUUGGUUCCCUGAUCUUCUUGAUUAAUGGCCUCGGGGUUUCAUGUUGAACAUUAUUCAUAUCAACUCGGUGUCUGUAAAUAGUUGAAAUCGAAGGCCGUGUCUGCUGUUGUAGAUAAUAGUUCACCCUUGGAAUCAGGUCUCUGUAUAGCACGUUUAGUCCUAAUAAUGCUGAGAUUUUCACAGCAUAGAUUGGCCUGACUAAUAAAGUCGAUGAAUCAAUCUUCUGAUGAUUCAGUCAAA